GCCAUCACGUAUUUCUAAAGAGGACAAAUCAAAACGCCGCAAAAAAGUUCAGACCAGACAUAGUUUUGUAAAACGCGCCAACCCUACUUCACUACGUCACGUAACCUUUCACCUCCGACAUUGUACGGAAGGGCUGACGUCAAAACCGUAUAUCUUCCUGUCUGCUGAGUCUGGAAUGUCCCGCCGGUGUAUUUUAGGGUUGAGAACGUAUUCUGUACACCGGGGACUCGGAGAAAGCUAGUAUUCAAAACAGGGAAACGUCCGGGUUUCUUCAUCAAUACAUUGAGUAGGAGUGCUACUGAACGUUUAGAUGUCACCAGGGUUGACACUAUUAAGCAGGAGAGAUGUUCGCCGUCAGAGACAGGCCGAUGUCCGAUCAUCAUCGUGACGUCAUCAGGAAGAAGUACGUCCCCCUGUCACGUGACCUGGAAGCCCGUUACGUCACGCCCUACCUGUACCAAGAGGGCGUCCUGACAGAAGAGAUGAUGGAGGACCUAGCCGCCAUCCCUGACGAGAGGAGGAGCUACAAGGCCAGGAAACUGCUGGACAUCAUCAUGACCAGAGGAGACCGGGCCUUCGGCGUCUUCAAACGGGCGCUGGAGGAAGCGGAGUACCAACAUCUUGUGGCACUUCUUGAAAAGACAAAGCUAUCCAAAACGUCCAUCGAAAGAGAAAACGCCAACAUCAAGAGAUCCUCCUCAGGAGUUAACUCAGAUGACGUCCCUCCCGGUCCGCUCAGGCUAUGGAGACUCAGUCUGCACCAGUUUAAGAACUCUCCCACAGCUCGAAAUUUCAUCAAAGGCUUCAGUCUGAUGGAAUCUGGUGGAGAGAUACUUACCAACAGUAACUAUACAAACGUCUCAGGAGUGGACAAGGUUGUAGAAGGAUUUGUUCUCCAAGAACGUCUAACUCCGAGCAGCUAUAACCACUUUCUGUACAGCGCAGAAGGUCUCGGUUUGGAGAAGGAAAGGAUGGAGCAACUCAUGGGAGACUUCCCGGACAGCAGUUCCUGUCUCUUCCUCCAGGCGGCGCUUAUGCCGUUCGGUGAUGGUCGAAGCCGCGCUCUUCGAAAGGCCGUAGACUUAAUCCUGAGGAAUAGAAAAUUGGACUCGCUUUACGAACAUCUUCACCACAUCUACUGCGUUCUCGGGGACACGAUUUUGAAUGUAAACCGCGACAACCCCGUCUCAGCCGUCCCGGUGUUCACGAGUGCGUUGAUGUACAAGCCCGACUGUUUUCUGGCCAUACACCUGGCGGCUGAGUGCUCCAUGGUUCUAUCCCCACAGGACGCCACCCAGCAGUUCCAGCGGUACCUGCAGCUCGCCCCGCCGUGCGACAAGCGGUCUCACUGGGCGCACUACUGUCUCGCUAUCCUCUACAGCUGGGAAUCAAAUUCGGAAAAGGCGGAGGAACAUUACAAGUAUGCCGUAGAGGCCGAGGAAAACCUCCUCCCCAACUUUGUCACCGGCUGGGCGAAAAGAGAAGCGCAGAGAGUAUUCGAUCUGGAUGGAAAUGAGGAAGAAACGAAACCCAUGAAAGGCCUCGACACAAAUUACAAGGAAGAAGAGACGAAACCUAUGAAAUGUUUAUAGUCGAGAGUAUGAAUUUUCAAAAUCCGAGUGACUGUUGCUAUUUCUCAAUUGUCGCUGCUCCUUACUUUACCUUAUAUUUACUCCUAUUUUUAUUAGUAUUAGCUUAAUUAAGUGGAGGAGGGCUUUGUAUAAACCGUAUUGGCUUCUCCCCUCCUCCUGCAUUCUUAAUUACUAUUCUUUACUUAUCAAUAAUCGUUAUUGUUUUUAUGUGCGAAAUAAACAAACAAAAUCCAACAGUAAGUUUUGAUUAGAAUUUUAGUCCCAUCAUCAUGCGCAAUUGAUAUGUGUGUAAUGACAAAAAUGCACUUUGACAGACCGCAUUUUUAUUAAAACUCCCUUGGGGUUCUAUCUAUCUA